GCGGCGGCCGGAGCAGCCCCGCACCGCCGCCCCCAGCGCCCCACCAUGAGCUACACCAUGGAGCCCCUGGGCAACCCCUCGUACCGCCGGGUGACCGAGACCCGGGCUACCUACAGCCGCGCCAGCGCGUCCCCGUCCAGCGGCUUCCGCUCGCAGUCGUGGUCUCGGGGCUCGGGCAGCACCGUGUCCUCGUCCUACAAGCGCCCCAACCUGGGCGGCCCGCGGGCCACCUACGGCUCCACGGUGCUGAGCUCGGCCGAGAGCCUGGACGUGAGCCAGUCCUCGCUGCUCAACGGCGCGGCCGAGCUCAAGCUGAGCCGCUCCAACGAGAAGGAGCAGCUGCAGGGGCUCAACGACCGCUUCGCCGGCUACAUCGAGAAGGUGCAUUACCUGGAGCAGCAGAACAAGGAGAUCGAGGCGGAGCUGGCGGCGCUGCGGCAGAAACACGCCGGGCGGGCGCAGCUGAGCGACGCCUACGAGCAGGAGCUGCGGGAGCUGCGCGGGGCCCUGGAGCAGGUGAGCCACGAGAAGGCGCAGAUCCAGCUGGACUCGGAGCACAUCGAGGAGGACAUCCAGCGCCUGCGGGAGCGCUUCGAGGAUGAGGCGCGGCUGCGCGACGAGACGGAGGCGACGAUCCGCGCCCUGCGCAAGGAGAUGGAGGAGGCCUCGCUGAUGCGCGCCGAGCUGGACAAGAAGGUGCAGUCGCUGCAGGACGAGGUGGCCUUCCUGAGGGGCAACCACGAGGAGGAGGUGGCCGAGCUGCUGGCGCAGCUGCAGGCGUCCCACGCCACGGUGGAGAGGAAGGACUACCUGAAGACAGACCUGACGACGGCGCUGAAGGAGAUCCGCGCCCAGCUCGAGUGCCAGUCCGACCACAACAUGCACCAGGCCGAGGAGUGGUUCAAGUGCCGCUACGCCAAGCUCACCGAGGCGGCCGAGCAGAACAAGGAGGCGAUCCGCUCCGCCAAGGAGGAGAUCGCCGAGUACCGCCGGCAGCUCCAGUCCAAGAGCAUCGAGCUCGAGUCGGUGCGCGGCACCAAGGAGUCGCUGGAGAGGCAGCUCAGCGACAUCGAGGAGCGCCACAAUAACGACCUCACCACGUAUCAGGACACGAUUCACCAGCUGGAAAACGAGCUCAGAGGAACGAAGUGGGAAAUGGCUCGUCACUUGAGGGAGUACCAGGACCUCCUCAAUGUCAAGAUGGCCCUGGACAUCGAAAUUGCUGCGUACAGGAAGCUGCUGGAGGGUGAAGAGACAAGAUUCAGUGCCUUCUCUGGAAGCAUUACUGGUCCCAUAUUCACACACAGACCACCAUCUGUCACAAUAGCAUCCACCAAAAUCCAGAAAACGAAAAUCGAACCACCAAAGCUGAAGGUCCAGCACAAGUUUGUAGAAGAAAUCAUUGAAGAGACGAAGGUGGAGGAUGAAAAGUCUGAGAUGGAAGAUGCCCUGGCAGCCAUUGCAGAAGAAAUGGCAGCCAAGGCACAGCAGGAAGAACAGGAGGAAGAAAAAGCAGAAGAAGCUGCAGAGGAAGAAGUUUCUGAGAAGGCUCCUGCAGAAGAAGCUGCACCUGAGGAGGAAGAGAAGGAGGAAGAGGAAGCAGAGGAGGAAGAAGCUGCAAAAUCUGACGCCGCAGAAGAAGGUGGCUCUGAAAAAGAAGAAAUUGAGGAAAAGGAAGAAGAGGAGGAAGCUGAGGAAGAGGAGGAAAAACCUGAGGCCAAGGGCAAAGCUGAAGAGGUACCAGCAAAGGCAGAGAAGGUCAAAACCCCUCCCGCAAAGUCCCCCCCGAAAUCGCCCCCAAAAUCGCCCCCAAAAUCCCCCGUAACAGAGCCGGCCAAGGCCGCCCCGAAAGAAAAAGCCGUGGAAGCAGUGAAAGAACAGAAGGUGGAGAAAGCAGAGAAGGCGGCCAAGGAGGAGGAGAAAGCAGCGUCUCCAGAGAAACCUGCCACGCCAAAGGUGACCUCCCCGGAGAAGGCUGCGACGCCGGAGAAGGCUGCGACGCCGGAGAAGGCUGCGACCCCAGAGAAGGCUGCGAUGCCGGAGAAGGCACGCUCCCCUGAAAAGCCGGCGAGCCCCGAGAAGCCGCGCACUCCCGAGAAGCCCGCGACUCCUGAGAAGCCCCGGUCCCCAGAGAAGCCUCCCUCCCCGGUCAAGGAUGCCAAGGCUGUGGUGGAGGAGACCAUCACCGUCACCAAGGUAACAAAAGUGAGUGCUGAGGCCGAGAAGGAGUCCAGGAAAGAGGACAUCGCAAUCAAUGGGGAGGUGGAGGAGAAAAAGGAGGAAUCCAAAGAGAAGGAGGAGGAAGACAAGGGAGUGGUGACCAACGGCCUCGAUGUGAGCCCUGUGGAUGACAAGGCUGAGAAAAUCGUGGUAACCAAAAAAGUAGAGAAAAUCACAGGGGAGGGUGGGGACAGCGGGACCACGUUUAUCACGAAGUCGGUGACCGUCACUCAGAAGGUGGAGGAGCACGAAGAAAGCUUCGAGGAGAAAUUGGUGUCCACCAAGAAAGUGGAGAAAGUCACUUCACACGCCGUAGUAAAGGAGAUUAAAGAGAGCGAAUAAAACCAACCAUAGCUAAAAUUCAAACCAAUUCAAGAGCUUGGGUCGGUGCAAAAGGUUAAGCCAUAGACAGCUGCAAAAUGCAUGUGGGUGGCGGCUUCAAAGCAGAUCGGGUUCUCUCAUGGAGGCUCCAGACACACAGUAUUUUACUUUUUCGUGCAAUAUAGGGAAGGGGGGGGGAAUGCAUGCAGGCUCAAGAUGUACUCCCUCCACAGAGCUUGGGGAUCUACAAAAAAAUACUACUACUACUACUAGUGCAUGAGAUGAAAUGUGCAGAGGAAGCUUUUCUGAAUUUCCUGAGCUGUUGGAGGGAUGUAUCUGAGGAACAAGUUCAGAUGUAUUAUGCAAAGAACCAACUGAGCCAAAACCAAACUGAAAACAGUAAUAGAGUAUUCAUGAGAACCAGAACUCUCCUAGCCUUAAAAAAAAAAAUAAAAUAAAAAAAGCUACUUAUAACUAAUUAUGUUUACCUCACUGGUGCAAUUAGGGUGGACUUUUGCUCCUGGGAGAACCUUGUUGACAUGCACAGUACGCAACCUUUUGUUGUUUGAUGUAAAACAGUCACAGCAGUUCUUGCUCAAUAAAGGUCAAUAUGAAAACAUGA